GCGGCUCUAACUUGAUUAAUCCCGCAGAUGAUUCACGCUGUGGCUGCGACCAUGUGCUAAUCAGCUGAUGCGCCACAGCCGCCCCUCCACGCUAUUUAACUCCUGCUCGGCACAAACCACAUGCUGAAGCGGCUCCGUGCUCUCCGCUGCUGCUCCCUCCACCUCACACACUCACACACAACAUGCCUCCGUUUGACAAAACCCAGCUGCAGAACAAACCCUUCAAACAGAGGAAGAGCUUCGCUACAAGGAAACAAGAGGUGGCGGGGAUCAGGUCCAAGUUUCCCAACAAAAUCCCGGUUAUAAUCGAACGGUAUGAGAGGGAAAAGUAUCUGCCUCCGCUGGAUAAAACCAAGUUCCUGGUGCCGCAUGAACUCACCAUGACUCAGUUUGUCACCAUCAUCAGGAACAGGAUGGCUCUGCUGCCCACUCAGGCUUUCUACCUGCUCAUCAACAACAGUGGGCUGGCCAGCAUGUCUCUGACCAUGGCUCAGGUGUACAAGGACCACCAGGACGAGGACGGCUUCCUCUACAUGACCUACGCCUCGCAGGAGAUGUUUGGACUCUGACACACAGCUUCCUUCUUUAGAUUUUAUUCAGUGUUGGAGGCUGCUGGCCUCCACAGCUGCUGUAAAUAGAAAAACAUUGUGUAUAUAUUGUAAUAUUUGUUGACUGUGUAAGAUGGAUUUUAAUUAAAGUACGUGGAUCCAAUAAAUCGUCUGUGAAA